GAAUGCUCACCGCCCUCAGGUCAAUAGAAGAAGAAAGCCGGAAGUAGUAUCUCGUGCGCAUGGCGCUAUUUGGGAAAUUAUUUAUCUUCUGAAUACAUACCCAACGUUUAUCUUGUUUUGAAAAUAAUAUUUGCUGAUUGCAUCAUAGAAUAAUAAAGUUCUCUACAAGAUGGAGGCUGAUCUGUAUGACGAGUUUGGGAACUACAUCGGUCCAGAGCUGGACUCUGACGAUGAUGAAGAUGAUUUGGAUGCAGAGGACAGAGAUGUUGAUGAGGGUGAUGACGAUGAUGAUGAUGAGCCUGCUGAUGCUGAUGACGAUGUCCCGGGUAUGGAGGUGGUUCUGCAUGAGGACAAGAAGUACUAUCCUACAGCAGAGGAGGUUUAUGGGCCAGAAGUGGAAACUAUUGUCCAAGAGGAAGACACACAACCUCUUACAGAGCCAAUCAUCAAGCCUGUGAAGAACAAGCAGUUCACCCUGAUGGAGCAGGAGUUACCUGCCACUGUUUAUGAUAUGGAAUUCCUUGCAGAUCUAAUGGACGGUCCUGAGCUAAUCCGUAACGUCACCCUGUGUGGUCACCUUCACCACGGCAAGACCUGUUUUGUGGAUUGCCUGAUUGAACAGACACACCCAGAAAUCAGGAAGAGAGAUGAUGUGGAUCUCCGAUACACAGACAUCCUCUUUACAGAACAGGAGAGAGGAGUUGGUAUCAAGAGUACCCCUGUCACAAUGGUCCUGCCAGACUCCAGAGGCAAAUCCUACCUUUUCAACAUCAUGGAUACACCAGGCCAUGUGACCUUCUCUGAUGAGGUCACAUCUAGCAUCCGGAUCUCAGACGGUGUUGUCCUCUUCAUAGACGCAGCGGAAGGAGUGAUGCUGAACACAGAGCGUCUGAUCAAACAUGCAGUUCAGGAGCGAAUGGCCAUCACCAUCUGCAUCAACAAGGUGGACCGGCUCAUCGUGGAACUCAAAUUGCCUCCCACAGAUGCUUAUUAUAAACUUCGCCAUAUUGUGGAUGAGGUCAAUAGUUUGCUCAGCACAUACUCCACAGAUGAGAACUUGGUAGUGUCUCCUCUCCUUGGAAACGUGUGCUUUGCCAGCUCUCAGUACAGUAUCUGUUUCACCUUGGGGUCGUUUGCAAAGAUCUACUCAGACACCUAUGGUGACAUCAACUAUAAUGAGUUCGCCAAGAGGCUUUGGGGAGACAUUUAUUUCAACCCCAAAACCCACAAGUUCACAAAGAAAGCUCCCAGCAGUAACUCUCAGCGCAGUUUUGUGGAAUUUGUCUUGGAGCCUCUCUACAAAAUCCUCUCACAGGUGGUUGGAGAUGUGGACACAUCUCUCCCCCGAGUUCUGGAUGAGCUGGGGAUCCACCUGACUAAAGAGGAACUGAAGCUGAACAUCAGACCCUUGUUGAGGCUGGUCUGUAAUCGCUUCUUUGGAGAGUUCACUGGCUUUGUGGACAUGUGUAUACAACAUAUCCCCUCACCACAAGAGGGUGCUAGAAACAAGAUAGAACACACAUACACAGGAGGUCUGGACUCAGACCUGGGGGAGGCCAUGGCAGAGUGCGACCCUGAUGGUCCUUUGAUGUGCCACACCACUAAGAUGUACAGCACAGAGGAUGGCGUUCAGUUCCAUGCAUUUGGUAGGGUGCUGAGUGGGACCAUUCAGGCAGGCCAGCCAGUCAAGGUUUUAGGAGAGAACUACACCCUUGAAGAUGAGGAGGACUCCCAGGUCUGCACUGUGGGCCGUCUCUGGAUUUCAGUUGCCAGAUACCAAAUUGAAGUGAACCGAGUACCUGCUGGCAACUGGGUUCUCAUCGAAGGUUGUGACCAGCCAAUUGUCAAGACCGCCACAAUCACAGAGCCCAGAGGGAACGAGGAGGCUCAGAUUUUCAGGCCGCUGAAGUUCAACACAGCAUCAGUUAUAAAGAUUGCAGUGGAGCCCGUCAACCCAUCAGAGCUACCGAAAAUGUUGGACGGACUGAGGAAGGUCAACAAGAGCUAUCCGUCUCUCACCACAAAGGUAGAGGAGUCUGGAGAGCAUGUUAUCUUAGGAACAGGAGAGCUCUACCUGGACUGUGUCAUGCACGACCUGCGCAAGAUGUACUCUGAGAUCGACAUUAAAGUUGCUGACCCUGUUGUGACUUUCUGUGAAACGGUUGUGGAGACAUCAUCACUCAAGUGCUUUGCUGAAACGCCUAACAAAAAGAAUAAAAUCACCAUGAUUGCUGAGCCCUUGGAGAAGGGGCUGGCUGAGGACAUAGAGAACGAAGUGGUGCAGAUCACGUGGAACAGGAAGAAGCUGGGAGAAUUUUUCCAGACAAAGUACGACUGGGAUCUACUGGCUGCCAGGUCUAUCUGGGCCUUUGGACCGGACACCACGGGACCAAAUAUCCUUGUAGACGACACACUGCCCUCUGAGGUGGACAAGGCGCUGCUUGGCUCAGUCAAAGACAGCAUCGUUCAGGGCUUCCAGUGGGGCACCAGGGAGGGGCCUCUGUGUGAUGAGCCCAUCAGGAAUGUCAAGUUUAAGAUCUUGGAUGCAGUCAUUGCUCAGGAGCCUCUCCACAGAGGAGGAGGCCAGGUCAUCCCUACAGCCAGGAGGGUGGUGUACUCCGCUUUCCUCAUGGCCACUCCGAGGUUGAUGGAGCCCUAUUACUUUGUGGAGGUUCAGGCUCCAGCUGAUUGUGUAUCUGCUGUCUACACAGUGCUGGCUCGAAGAAGGGGUCAUGUCACCCAGGAUGCACCUAUUCCUGGGUCUCCUCUCUACACCAUUAAGGCUUUCAUCCCGGCCAUCGACUCCUUCGGCUUUGAGACUGACCUUCGCACACAUACACAGGGGCAGGCCUUUGCUCUGUCUGUGUUCCACCACUGGCAGAUCGUCCCUGGUGACCCUCUGGACAAGAGUAUUGUGAUCAGGCCUCUUGAGCCUCAACCUGCCCCCCACCUUGCCAGAGAGUUCAUGAUCAAGACCCGAAGGCGCAAGGGUCUGAGCGAGGAUGUGAGCAUCAGCAAGUUCUUCGACGAUCCUAUGUUGUUGGAGCUGGCCAAACAGGACGUGGUGCUUAACUACCCCAUGUGAGACUGCAAUACUGACUGCAAACCACAACUGCAGCCAACACCAAAACCUCCAGUAGUCACUCAACAGCAAAUCCUACUUUUUUAAAGGAUAUUUGGGGUGUAAUUCGACCACAAUAGCAGAAUCCAUAAAGUUUUCAUAGAUUCCGGUUACACAGUGGUUAUUCUGGAUCUCCAAAGACUCCAUUGCUGUUGUAUUAGCUUGUCUCCCAUUUCCUAAUGGAAAUCCUCCAACCAACAAUUUUUUAAAUAUCGGAAACAAGAGAGGAUCACCUCGAUCAAUCACUGGAUUGAUGGAAAACAUAAUAAUCAGCCCUUGCUGUCACAGGAGAGUUGUUGCCCUUUCCUUUUGGAAAGCAGCAGUAUUUGUCAAACAUUGCAGAAGUUUGUUGUGUCUCAUCUUUCUUGUAUUUUUAUUUUUUAUGUACAAAUUAUUAUUGUUUUUGUAGAAUAAGAUAACUUGGAAGCCUUUUUUUUUUAAGAAACUGGAUGUGAUUGAUCAGGUGUAUGUCUGAAUAAAAGAAGUCUUUGUAAUUCAAA